GUGAAACUGUUGCUUAUAUUAUGCAAUUUUCUAAUCAAACGAGAUCGCUCAAAUCAAACGUGUGGUCCCAGGCUCCCAGCCUCUUUCUUUUUAUACUAAACGUUUAAUUGUAUAAUGAACAUCGCAAUGGAGAUGAUCGCUCUUCUCGUUGCCGGUCUCCUUGUUGUUUCAGCUGCUGCUCAGGACGAUGCCGACGACCAGUGUCCCGUAAUGCAGGCAGAUACGAACAAAUGCCUGACCAAUGAGGAUAUCAAAUCCGCCAUUAACCAGUUCACCGUACAAAUGUACCAGCAAGUGACCGCCCUCCCAGGAACCGUGCCAACGGACAACAUCAUCCUCCUCCCACUCCACGCCUCCAACGCCCUCCUGAUGGCCUGCAACGCCGCUAGUGGCGCCACCCAAUCCGAGAUCAUCGACAGCCUAAACCUCGGCACGGGAAUCGGUUGUCUGGACGCGUUUGCCAUCAUACAGGACAUGUACCGCACCGUACCGCAUCACUCCGAUCCACCGCAGAGCGACGACGAUAUGACCUUUAACGCCAACCGUGCCUUUGUGGAUAAAUCCGUAGCACUCAAGCCGGCAUUCACUGCGGAUUUAUUACAGCGUUUCAAUCAAACCCCAGGUGUACUGGAUUUCAAGAAGAACCCCAACGCUGCCCGCAACGAAAUUAACAAAUGGGUGGAGUCGAAGACAAUGGGCAAUGUGAAGAAUUUUUUGGGCGCGGGUGCGGUGACGAGUGCUACGCAGUUAACGGCCAUUAACGCCCACUAUCUGCAGUUCAACUGGGCGUUUCCUUUUGAUGCGAAGCAGACAGUGAAAGGCACGUUCACCAAUGCCGACGGAUCAACCAGCCAGGUGGAUUUCAUGAAAUUGUUUACGACCAGUUUGUUCUAUUUUAAUCAUCAGGCUGGGCAGUUGGCGCCCGGUGUACCGGCAUUCCAGAUGGUCCGCUUGCCCAGUAAAUGGGGUACCGGUGUUCUAUCCGUGAUUUUGCCGAGUGAUAUGAAAAUGAUGCCGGUAUUGGAGCGCACACUAACGGCUGACAUGCUGAACAAGGCCAUGGACACGGCGCAGCGACGAUUGGUCAAUUUGACCAUGCCGAAAUUUGCCAUUGAAAAGGCGGUAAAUUUAGCGGAUGCGGUGAAGGGAUUGGGUGUGAUCGAUCUGUUUGGGUCAGGUGUCGAUCUGACGUCAAUGACAGAUCAGUCCGUACGGAUUGACGGCAUUGUCCAUAAAGCUAUGAUCGAUGUUAACGAGCGUGGCCUGAAAGCUGUAGCGGCUAGUUCUAUGGCGGUGGCGGCACGGCGAACGAUUGCUGUCGGCACAGCGCUUGACCUUAAGGUGGACAAACCAUUUUUAUUCGUGAUUCGGAUGGAAAAUUUGCGCUUCUUGACUUAUAUCGGACGAGUUUCGAAACUGGCAGCAAAUGCAUUAAUGACGUCCUCAUAAUAAGGUUUUUUUCGUUUAUUAAAGGCUUCUGGCUCCUGCAUUCACUUUCGUGUCUUGUGAAAACUUGUUUAGCACCAACAAUAAAAUAAAUUUAUCUCUCCAAUGUAUUUUUUACCGGCAUCUAAUUUUUUACACGUUACACGUUGAAACUGCGCGCCGUCGUCUUUGUUUCCGAUAUGUACUGCACAAUUGAAUUUGCUGUUUGUGAGGAAAUUACGAACAACACACUGGGCUAUCAUGUACAUAUAACUUUA